AUGAUCCACAUGAACGGGACCUUGCCCGUCAGGAUUGCUUCCAUGACUUUUGGCUGCGCGCUCAAAGUUCCCCAAGCUGUUGCAAAACAAGGAUUGGAUACUUUGGUGCUACACUCAAUGGACACUGGGAAUGCAACUCUGCCUUCGAAUAUGAACUUUUACAUAUCAUUCUGUCGACUACAUCACAUCAUAGGAGACGUCUUAGAAACCUUCUAUAACUCCAGUGAUUCCAAAGCCGACCCUGAUCUAAGCAGAAAUCUCACCGGUGUGAACUUGAGCUCACCAUUAUCCUUCGAUAAAUUCACGAGCCUGUUUAGAAUCGAGUCGGAGCUAUGCAAUUGGACCGAAAACCUUCACUCUUAUUUUCGAAUGCCAUUCGACCUUGAAGAUCCGACGCCGACAAAGCGUAUGAAACGUCAAGCGAACAUUUUACGCGCCCGAUAUCUUUCUGUUCGGCUCCUCCUUUUUAGGCCGUUUCUUUCACAGAUGCGCCAUCGAAAGGCAGACAAUGCUUCUGGUGUCAAUUUGUACUCGGAUGAUCAAACCAUUGGAUAUGUGGUCUUUCGGUGCCAAAUUCAGUGUGUCAAAGCUGCUGAGGAUAUGAUAGAUUUCAUCAUCAGAAAUCUACCAGAGCAGACGCAAGCGUAUAUAUUACCCUCGAACUGGUACACCGUCUCAUAUAUAUACAUGGCGACAACUAUUCUGCUUGCUGCUCAAAUGUCCCCACAGAUAGUGGAACAUUUUUCUUUCGCUCGUUUGAAGGGCCUUUUGCAACAGGCUUGUAAGAUCCUCAAAGAUUAUGAAAAGUAUGAUACAUUGGCUUCGCGGUGCAGUUCCGUCCUCAAAUUGAUCCAAGAACAUAUCGAUAUGCGCGGCUCUGGAGCAGACUAUGUCACCGGAGAAGGUUCGCAAGACGAAGUCGACCAUGACAGCACAAUGAUUCAAGGCGCAACCAUGGAAGGACAAGAGCCUCAAAAUAAUAUAGGAAACUUGGCCUGGCUUGAGAAUUAUCCGUUUGAUUGGAACGAUUGGCCUUUGUUUUUUGCACAGUUGGACGACGAAACCAGUCCAGCUGAAAGAUGGGGAAUGCAAGCAUAG